ACCCGAGCGGAGCGCGGGGCCCGGCAGCUCGUCCGCUGCUCGCCUCGCUGAACCAAUUACCAUCAAUUAGCGAGAGUCCUGCGGGUGCCUGAACAAGAACAAUGCGAUGCGCAGGCUCCGGAACACAUCCUCCGCCCCGAUCACCUUAAGGACGCAGAGGAGGCUGUCCCUCAAACAGACUCUUUAGAAGCCAACGAAUUGCUGACUUGGCUUGUUUUCUGCAGGCUAAGGGUCCUCCUUCUUGCCCUUCUUGAAAACUGGGACAACGUUCGCCAGCUUCCAGUCAGCUGGGACUUCUCCAGAUUCCCAAGAUAACUCAAAAACCAUUAAGAGAGACUUUGCAAUGAUAUCAGCAGCUCUUUAAAGACUAUUGGAUGAAUCCCAUCAGGAUUUGUAAGAAGUUGAUAGGAAAUACCCAGUGAAACAUUAGCAGCCUGAAAGCUUUACCUUGGAUGCAAAAGCCUGUUUUCUUCGCUGAGAUUCCUGCAUCACUCAUUUUGAUUUUUCCUGAAGAAAAAGAAAACAAGAAAAGAUGGACUGGAAUGUAAGGCCAGUCCAGAAUGCUGAUGUAAAUACAAACCUGCAAAGUGAAGGAGCAUGUUUCACUCCGUUACUUCCUAAUGGACAUGCCUUUCCUCAGACAAAUGCCAACCCCUCUAAAAAUGCAUGCACUCAUGCUCAAAAUAACCAAAUAGUGUAUAUGCCAACUGUCAAUGUUGCCUUCCCUGCUGUAAAUGCUGAAAGAUUUAAAACUUCAGAUCAAACCUCACCAGGAGCAUCUGUAACUGGUAAUAAUUUUUUCAUGUCAAAAUACUCAGUUAAAAGACAUCAACAAAUGUACGUAACAGGUCUAAAACCUCCCAUUCAGAAUUCACCUUUGCGGCCAGAGAUGACACCAACUUCUUGGCCAGUCUCUAAUCCUUACAGUUAUCCCUGCAGAAAUGUACCCCCCCUGUCCUCUCAAAUGAACACGGGAAAUAAUGUAAGGAACGUACUUGGAGAGCCUCAGUACACCAAUACCAGCGCUUACACCAUGCAACCGGAAAUGCUGCAGCAUAAUUCCCUGAGACUUGGAACACUACAUCAAGGUGGCAUUCAUCCCCAGAAUAAUUCUUUUCCUCUUGGUACUUCCGGGCAACAUGUCCAACCCCAAAUAUUUAAUUCCAAUAAUCAGUGUAAAGUUUUGUAUUCAGUGAAUCAAAAUACUGGGACAAAUGUACAGAUGCCACAAUUUCAGCAGAGUCAGACAGCACCUGCUCUAGGAGCAGAAGCUCCUAGAGGAUGUUCUGCACCAUCUUUGUUGCCUGCGAACUGUGUUUCAAGACCUGCUGCACAAUCUUCAAUGGGUGUACCACAGGAAAUGCAAAAUGUACCUAAUGGAUACAACAUUAACCAGCAGAGGUGCUCACUGGAUCCAAAAAAUGCUCCUGGGUAUAACAGUAUUCAGCAACACUGUCAGCCGCAGCAAUCUGGAGAAGUCAGUCAAUCCGUCAGGAAUGUCUGUAAUCCAAGUGCAAGUGUGACAGAAAAUCGGUCUUUUAGUGAAAGUUCUGUGUCAUCCCCUGGCAUUCCCAAAGAACUGCUUGAUGUUGUGAAAGAAAUAGAAGCUCUUUCUUCAAAGCCACUGAGUGAUCCUGCUUCAGUUCCAGAGAGCCAGACUAGUAGUUUGAUGAAUGGGCCUGUUAAUGCUCAGAUUUCUUCAGCGGCAGCAACACAUGGAGUAGGAAUUACAAAGGAGAGACUAGCCUGGGAGGCUGAAAAGCUGAAAUGUCUUAAAAAAAGGGUUGUCCUGCUUGAAACAGUUCAUAAUUAUAAAAAAAAAAUCUAUCAUGAAAAAAAUGCUCUUCCUCUUCCUCCUAGUUAUCCAUGUUCUCCUUCUAAUUGUCUUCCAUGUGUACCCAAACAAAAUGUACAACCUUCCCCAUCUGAAGCAGUGAGGACAGAGAGGCCCACACUCAUGGUUUCACGUGAAGAGAGAAAUGACAAAAACCUUGCCAGUGCUGAUAACAGAAGAUUGGAGGUGACUCAAAGUAACCCUCAGGUGAAGCAGGGAAGUCUUUCAUCAAGCUUCACUCCUAUUCCCUCUCAGAGCAAAGUCCCAGCUCAAUUUAAUAAUCCUGAGAGCACUGUGGAACAAAGAGAUCUGCACGCCUUGGCCUCCUCUCAAGGAACUGUGACUUCCUCAAACAAUGCUUCGUGUUUUACUCAAGCAGGGAGCUCUGUCAAGACUGCAUCAAAGACUCUGCAAAUUGGCCCUGAGAACUCAUCAUUUCUUCAGUUUGUAUUGAGCAGCACAAAUGUGCUGAAAGAGAAGACAGCUGGUGCUACUGCUGAUAAAAUACUGACGAAUCUCCUGUGUAGUGAAAAACCACUGCUCGAUACAUCUGUCUCAGGUGGAAGCUUGCUAAGAGACACUAGUGAGAAGAAUGUAGAAAGUCUGAAAGGUGAGCAGGCAUCUGUGGCUCACACAAAGUCUCCUGCAUCAGAAACAUCUGCAUCUGGUGAUGCUCAAUUGCAGACUGAGAUAGCUCAGCAAAAAACGCCGUUUACUGAAAAUGCAUCCUGUAGCCAGAGCAAUUGUAGUUACUCUAUGGAAGAGCUGGUUGCAUGCCUGCGCUUGUGGGGGAAGUAUCCACCAGAAUCUGUAAGUGUGGAAAAUAAACAGUCAAAUGAAAGCCCCACAGCAAAUCAGGUUUCGCCCUCCAAUCAAAACACAAAGAAGGGAGAAAAAAAAGAUGUUCUGGCUAGCAUGGAUGAGGCUGUUUUGCCCGUAACAACUACCUCUGUGGGACAAAAACUUGAUACACUGACUCCCAAUUUGAUAAAAAAUUUUGAACCUCAAGUUGCAGUUGUCUCUCCUUUAGUACUUUGUGAACAAAAAACAUUAAAUGAGCAGGCAGGCAAGAUCCCAACACCUGAAGGUAAAACCUAUCCAGCGAUCAACUUGGGGAGCACAUGUAGCUUGCAAGAAGAGGGGGAAAAUGGUUUAAGUGUGGCAAAUACUGCCAAAGGAACAAUAGAAAAUGCUUGGUCAUCACCCAGUGAUUGUGUUCUGGAACAAAAAGUGGACUCAGAUUUGCAACAGAUCAAAGUAGGUGAUGAAAACCAAAGGAAAGUUAGUCAAUCUGCACAAGAGGCAAGAAGAAAUCUGCAGCUUGGAUUACAAAACAAGGCUCCUCUUCCUGAAUCAGGCAUAAAUUUUUGUAGUCAAAUCUCUCAAGAAGGUACAAGAGACCAUGAAGACAAACAAGGUGUGUUAGAGGCAGGAGAUACAUCCACAGCUGUGCUGGAAAAUGACAUGUUUUGUAUUUCUAGUGUAUGCUCUCUUGUUGAAGGUGAUAAAUUUUAUAACCCACAAAUAGCAGGCAUGUUCAAGUCAAUUUAUGAGACACAGGCAUCAGAAGGAAAUGUGUCUGGUGCAAGGCAAAAGGAACAACAUCCAGAAUUGAAUAAAACUGAGCUGAGCAAUAACAUUGCCCAAAGAGAGAGCUUGCUGCUAAAGAUGUUGGAAGAAUCAUCAAGUCAUUUGGAGAAGGAAAGCGGUGGCAAUCCUCUUAAAGCAGUUUCUACCUCUGAACAAAACAUGUCAUUCAAGGCAUCUUUCAAGCAUCCUGAAAAUUCCUUAGAAAGUCUUGCUAAUAUAAAUCAGAUGUUAGCUCAAAAUUCACUGGAUUCCUCUAGCAGCGUAACUGCUAAAACAAAUGCACCUGCUGUUCCAGGAGGCCACAGUAAACAAAAUUCCAUGCCCAGUAAAAAUAGCACGGAAAAGGAUGUGAACUUUUUUGGAGCAAAACCUAGUAAAUAUCUAAAAGAUCAGCUGCUUGCUCUAAUGAAAGAGUUUCCAUAUGGCAUUGAAGGUGCUGAUAUGCUAACAAAAGAAGCAGCACAAAAUUGUUCAGUGGCUGAAGGGACAGAGAAUCAGUCUCAAAAAGAGGUUAAAAUUUGUGACAAGAAUUCUCAUUUGAAGGACCCAGUAAAUCAGACUAAAAUUGCAGCGUUAAGAUCUGAUCAGGUUCAAGAACUGUCUCCUGGGCACAACCAGUGCCCCUCUAGUGACAGCAAGAGAGAAGUGAGUCAACAGUUAGAAAAGGCUUCAGCUGACAAGGACAACCUUGAAGGCAGGGUCCAGCCUAGUCAGGAUCUAUGUGAGAAGGAAAAAACCCCACAAGAAACUUCUAACCCCAGUGAAAAAAGUGAAGAUCGCUCUUUAAUGGGUGGUGUAGCUGUAGCUUAUAAAACACCACACUGUCCCUCUCAAUUAGAAACAUCUGGUUCAGAGAAAAAGGAUUGUCAGCUUUCAAAAGCUGAAAAUACUGACUCUGCAGAGACAGAAGAAAACAACCGUCAAUCUGAUACCUUGAAAAAGGAAAACCGUGCAGUGGGAGACCUGACAAUUUCUGAAAAAAUCCCAGACAGUAUUAGCAAAAAUAAAGAUAUUUGCAAAUACACUUCCGAAAUGAACAAAAAACCUAUGUUGAAGGUGGAUAAUGAAUGCAAACUGCCUACCACACAGCAGGAAAAAACUGGACCAGUUAAUUCCUUUGAAAACCAGGAUGCUGAUAAAUACAUAAGCAGCAGUUCGAAGGAACAUCUGCAAAUUGACAAAGGAACCCAAGUGUCAAGUAAAGAAUUUAAUUUUUUCAAAAAAGAACACCAGACAGCCUCCCAGGAGUUACCGGAAAAAACUGAUCAUACAUAUGCAGACACCAUGGCAAAGUUGUCCAUAAAGAAGGAGAGAGUUUUCAAAACUGAGUCCCUUUCAAAAGAUACAACCAAAUCCGGUUUGAUCAUGAAAUCCAAAACAGACAUUCACCAAUCUGUGAAGUCAGAAACUGUUGAAAUUAAGCACUCUGAAGUCAAUCAAGGGCAAAAAAUUAAAACUUGUGAAGAGAACUCAGCUGAAGAACAAAACUGUAAGGAACAAAAGGAGGUGCUUAGGCAAGACGUAGGAAUUAGUGUCAAAGAGCAAGUGAAAUUACCAGCAGAAAUAAAACAUAAAAAAUUGAGUAGUUACCGAGCUGAUGCUGUAAAAUUCUCAGAUAGUAGCACUGUAGGCUUCAAAUCAAGACACACAAAAUAUUCUCAGCAUAAAUCUGUGAAAGUUCAUCCUUUGCAGGAGCAGCCAUACAAACGGAAGUUGAAGGAAAAUAUGGUUGGGAAGAGAGAAUUUAAGAAAGCAAAGCUGGAAGAGGAAAGACUGAAACAAUCCGAAGGAAAGAGUUCUAAGCAGCUUGCACAUAAUUGCUUGCUAAAUGCUGACAAAGUUAAAAAACUGAAUGGAGAAAAUGGUUGGAAACCAAGGAGUUCCUUAGCAGAUUGCUCUGUGCUUAAACUGCAGAGAAAAAGGGCUCGAUCUUCUAGCAUGUCUAAAAACUUCUUUUCUAGCAAAGAAAGAACUCUUGACGGUCAAAACAGAGACAAGUGCUCUGAGAAAAUGUUUCCUGAUAAAAAUCUUCUAUACUUAAACAGAAGAAAUAACAGACUAAAGCUGCAUCUUCAAAAGGAACCCAAGAAACACUACCUGAACAGAGUGGCAUUUAAACGUACAGCACAGGAGCGCAUCUAUCUGACAAAAUUAGAGACAUCACCUGUCAGACCUGUCUGGCAUAGAACCACCAAAGUGUCACAAAGCAGCGACUCAAAAAACGAUGUGUCUGUCUCGACAGUUGAGAAAUCAUGCAAACAGGAAGUCCUUGAGUUCAAGCUGUGUCCAGAGAUACUGUUCAGAAAUCCAGCCCCUGGUGAAGAAAGCUUAGCUGCAAAGACUUCUCCAGAAAGAGAUAAAGUCGUUGUAGAAGGUGUCAAGAGUAAAAAAGAAGAUUGGUUAAAAUGUGAACCAGUGAAGCAAAAGAAACUGGAAGAGGUCUCUACAGCUGAGGACAGUAUUCCCCUUGAUACAGCUAUACAGAUCCUGGAAGGAGAUGGAGAGACUCUUCACAUUCCUGUCAAAGACUCAAAAGAGAUGUUUCAGACCUACAGGAAAAUGUAUCUGGAAAAAAAGAUGCAAAAGUCUUGAUAGCACUCCUGUAUCAAAGGUCUUACUGAGAAAAAAAAUGCCAACACUAAAGAUGAUUUUUUUUCUGUUUACUUCAUGUUGCUUAAUAAUUGUAAAAGCCCACAGUUUUAUGGUGGGUGUUGAAAAUUUCCUUCCCUUUUUCCUCAUAUUUGUGAAUAAUUACCAUCUUAUUCUGUAUUUAUUGUCCAAAUAUCCUUUGGUGCUGUAAAUGCUGAUUUAAACAUAUUGUUUCUUUUGGCAUUUUUGAUUCUAUUUUUUUUUUUUAAGAUAGAGUAGCUCAUUGAAUCUUGACCAAAAAAUAACAAACUCAUUUAAACUGUUUUCUUUCCUGAUUCUCAAAAACUUCUACUUAUUAUACUUUCCAUUGCUGGCAGUGGAAAAAUACUUCUGCUGCAAAGGGACUGCAGUGGAUUCCCAAGCAUUACUAUUCUGUUUCCCACUCAGAGUAGUCUGAUGGUUUUGCUUCUUAAAAAGGCUUUCUGUUUUUGUAGAAACUUUUUUUUCCUAAGCUGGGAAUAGAAAUAUAAACCCCUCAAUGCAAGCAUACAGAUCAGGGGCAUUUAUGAAGUAUUUAUGCUGCUACCCAGUUUUGUUACAUUUGUUUUUGUGGAGCUUGUAUGGACUGAACUCUGAGUUCUUAGUUUGAACACAGUGUUGCAGACCGUUAGUUUACUGAAGACUUCUCUUGCUUGUCUUUCUCUCUUUCUUUGCACUUCUAUUGUUGAAGUGCAGGGAGUUCGAAUUCACUCUUGUCUCUGGAUUAUGUUGUUGAGUUCAGCUAGACUGUAAUAUAAUUUCUUUGUUUAUAAAGUGUUAGAUAAUGUUUGCUUACACAUUCACUGUGACAUAACAGUUGUAUUUGUCAUUGGCUAUCUUUUGUUUAAGUGCCUUUUCACUGUUAUUCAAAAUUUUAAAUCAAAUCAUAUUUUUACAGAGAUUUGGUACUUGAUUCUAUCUUACUAAACCUUUUUGCUGAACAAAAAACCUGUAGAUACUUUACUGAACAAUUUUUAUACUUGAAAUAAACUUUUGAGGACUA